ACUAUCAUGGCUUCCCACAAUGAGACCAAGCUCACCAUCCCCGCCGCUGCCAAUCCAUCAGCGGCACUUACACUCGACCGCCCAACAAUGGAGGACGCGGCCGACGACAUGUCACAGCGCGCACAGUGGCUCCGAGCGGCCGUACUGGGCGCGAACGAUGGCCUGGUCUCAACAGCCUCCCUGAUGAUGGGCGUCGGCGCCGUGAAGGCCGACGCCCGUGCGAUGGUCCUGUCGGGCUUUGCGGGGCUCAUCGCGGGCGCCUGCAGCAUGGCCAUCGGGGAGUUCGUGUCCGUGCACUCCCAGCUCGACGUCGAGCUGGCCGAGAUAAAAAGAAGAGGCGCCGAUAAAGAGGUGGCGGGGCUUCCGAGGCCGAUGCAGGCGGCGAUGGCAUCGGCGUUGGCGUUCGCGACCGGGGCGAUGGUGCCGCUGCUGGCGGCGGGGUUUAUAAGGGGGUAUCGGGUGAGGUUGGGGGUGGUGGCGGCGGCGGCGAGCGUGGCGUUGGUGGUGUUCGGGUGCGCGGGGGCGGCGCUGGGGAGGGCGCCUCUGGGGAGGGCCGGGGCGAGGGUGCUUGUAGGAGGCUGGGUGGCCAUGGGGCUCACGUUUGGGCUCAUGAAGCUCUUCGGCUCUGCAGGGCUCUAAUAAUCUUAUCUUAUCUUAUAUAGGCAAUAAAAGUGUAUGUGUGUAGUAGUAUUGCUCCUCACUCCUCAGUAUAAUAAUAUAUAAAUAUAUAUAUAUAUAUAUAUAUUAAGCGUACGUACGUACUUAGUAGUGACUUCGUGUUCGUCGCGUCGCUUUCUAUGUAAACUUUUAACUCUUCUUCUUUUUUUUUUCUUUUAAUGGUGGAAGUUUGUAUUGGUGGGGAUCUUGAUUAUUCUCAAGAGAAGUGUAUUAAUGGA